GGAUGUUAGCAGCAACGUUGACUACAUCACCAGGCUAAGCUCAGCGCAGAGAAGAGCUGCCACCAGCUUGAGGCCCAGCUCAGUGAGGCCAACGCAGCUCUGGCCGAGCGUGACCGCGCCAUCAAUGACCUCCAGAACUCCAAAUCUCGCCUGGGUGGCGAGAACUCCGACCUGGCCCGCCAGCUUGAAGACCUUGAGAACCAACUGUCUCAACUCAACAAGACUCGUGCAUCCCUUGCUAUGCAGCUUGAGGAAUACAAGAGGAGCUCCGACGAGGAGACCAGGGCCAAGAACUCCCUUGCCUCUCAGCUCAGACAACUCCAGGCUGACAAUGAUCAACUCCGUGACCAGUAUGAGGAAGAAACUGAGGCCCGUGCCGAAGUCCAGCGCCAGCUUACCAAGGUUAACGGUGAACUCAACCAACUCCGUGCUAAAUUCGACGGUGAGGCCGUCCAGCGUGCCGAGGAGCUCGAAGAGGCCAAGAGGAAACUGAUGAUCCGUCUUGCCCAGGUUGAGGAAGAACUCUCCACCGCCCUCUCCAAGAACGGCAGUCUUGAGAAGACCAAGGCCCGCUUGACUGGUGAGGUCGAAGACCUACAGCUUGACCUUGAGAGGGCCAACCAGCUCUGCGCUCAACUCGAGAAGAAACAACGCAACUUCGACAAGGACCUUGCAGUCUGGAAGGAAAAGUGCGAGUCCCUCGCUGUCGAACUUGACAUGUCCCAGCGUGAGGCCCGUACAUACAGCACCGAGCUCUUCAAAGUCAAGAACCAAUACGAGGAAAGCCUUGAGGUUAUCUCCAACGUCCGCCGUGACAACAAAAGUCUCCAAGAUGAGAUCCAGGACCUUACCGACCAGCUUGGAGAGGGUGGCAAGAACGUCCACGAGCUCCAGAAACUCGUCAAGCGUCUCGAACUCGAAAAGGAUGAGCUCCGCGUCGCAUUGGAGGAGGCCGAGGCUCACCUCGAAGCCGAGGAAGCCAAGGUCAUCCGUGCUCAGCUUGAGAUCACACAGGUCAAGCAGGAGUGCGAACGCCGCAUCGUUGAGAAGGAUGAAGAAUUCGAGAUCACCCGCAAGAACCACGAACGUUCCAUGGAAUCCAUGCAGGCUAGCUUGGAGGCUGAACUCAAAGCCAAAACUGAUGCACAGAGGCUAAAGAAGAAGCUGGAGGGUGAGGUCAAUGACUUGGAAAUCCAGCUCGACCAUGCCAACAGGAACAGUGCCGAAGCCAUCAAGACCAUCAAGAAGCUCCAGAUCCAAAUCAAAGAACUUCAAGUCCAAGUCGAUGAAGAGAGCCGCGCCCGUGAGGAUAUGCGUGACCAGCUCCAGAUCACUGAACGCCGCUGCCAGAUCUGCAUCCAGGAACUUGACGAAGUCCGCACCACCCUUGAGACAUCUGAACGCACCCGCAAGCUCUGCGAAGCUGACCUUUCUGAUGCCAAUGACCGCCUCGCCGAUACAUCUGCCCAGAACCACGUCCUGAGCAACCAACGCCGCAAGGCUGAGGCUGAACUCCAGACCCUGACUUCCGAACUCGAGGACGCCAUCAAUGAAGCACGCAACAACGACGACAACGCCAAGAAGGCAAUUGCUGAUGCCACCCGCCUCGCUGAUGAGCUCCGCACCGAACAAGAACACUCCGUCCAAAUCGAGAAGUUCAGGAAAUCUCUGGAAAUAAACCUUAAGGAUAUGCAGGUCCGUCUUGACGAGGCCGAGGCUGCUGCACUCAAAGGAGGAAGGCGCACCAUUGAGAAACUCGAGGCCAGGCUCCGUGACCUUGAGGGAGAGUUGGAAAGUGAAGCUCGCCGCCGCUCCGAUGCCGAGAAGGCUGUCCGCCGCCAGGAGCGUCGCGUCAAGGAAGUGAUCUUCCAGUCUGAGGAAGACCGCAAAAUCACAGAACGCAUCCAGGAGCAAUGUGACAAACUCACAGUCAAAUGCAAGACGCUCAAGAGGCAACUAGAGGAAUCUGAGGAGAAUGUUAACCAGAACCUGGCCAAGUACCGCAACGCACAGCGCGACUUGGAGGACUACGAGGAACGUGUAGAGCUUGCAGAAACACAGGUCAACAAGCUCAGAGCCAAGCAACGCAGCCAAGUCACCACAUCGUCCCGUGUUUCCUCGGGUGGCUACAAUCCGUACAGUUCUUUUCGGCGCAUCUCUAGGGGUAGCUCAGUACUUAGUGCAUUUUCCGCAAGGGGGGACGUCUCCACCCCAUCGCUAAGAGGGGACUUGAACCACGAAACCAACCACCAAGCCAAGCAAGAGUAACACCUUCAUCGUAGCUAAGCAACAUAAACGUUAUCAUCUAUUUUUCCGCGUUGUGUAUUCAGUCUUCUUUUUUUUUCUUUGCAAGGUGAAAGGGAUUUUUUUAUAACUUAUAUGUGGUUUUAACAAAAAAUGUUGAUUCUCUCUGUGAGGCUUGUACGUGAAUCAUAGACAUGCAUGGUUAUAUUCUGUUCAUCAGUGGCAAACAGACUAUUGAUUCAUUUUCAUCGUGGAAUGAUGAACUAUUUUGGAGAAAUGUGCUUGCUGUUUCAGCUCGCCAUCUUCUCUCCGCCCUCCAAUGAAAUGGAGCUUGAUUUUUGUAACUUUAUCAUCAUUAGAUAUACUUCUAGGUACAGGAACAUUCAAUUCAUUUGCGUCUUGUCAUCAAUUUAUUUAAUUUGUAGAAAUAUAUGUGUAUUUUAUUUUCGAGGAGAAAGCCCUUUUCUUUGUUUGGCACUUUGAUAAGUUGAAAGCUAGAAGAAAAUGGAGGCUACGGAGCCUGGCGUUCCUGUAAUAUGUGCAUUAGACAAAGUUUAAUUUAUUUCAUCAUAUUUAUAGUUUACUACGAAACAUUAUAUUAUGAUUAUGAGAACUAUGUAGUUUUAUUAACGAAAUUAGAUUCGCUACUGUUAAUCCGGAAGGAUUGCUAUAAAUAAAAUUUAAGGUUGAGUGAUAUUAAAUCUCGUAUUUGAUUUGAAACGAUGAGAAAAA